CACACGGACAAUCUUACCCUAACCACCAUAGUUUGCUGUAGGCCGUCUUCUCCUUGGCCAGAGUUUCUACCCCACUUUCGCCAAUGCCCACCUUCACAACAACUGGCAGCAAGACCUUCCCAUCUAGAUGCGCUCGCCCAUGAACAAACAGAACAAGUGGGACACGUGCGUUUUAUCCAUCGAGCAAUGCAUCACUCUCAUCAUCUCUCACUCACCAGAAGAAGUCUUGAGCUUGUCCUUGGGGAAGCCAAAGGGUGUCUCGAGGUGCUCUAUAUACACACAAAACAAAUGAUGCAAUAGAGACAUGCACUCGCUCAAAAACACAAACCGAGAGACAUGUCGGCAAACACAACAAGCCCUGCGGUGCCGCUGGCUGAAUGCCUGAGACGCCACAUGCAGGUUGAGAUGCAGUGCCAUCUCAACACCGGAUCAUGUCAUGAUUGUCAUCUUCUACCUGAUCUGAUAUUUCUCUCCAGCGGCGGCCUCGAACUCGCAGUUCUCGUCAAGAUACUCGAGUGCGGACCUGUGCUCGUUCCAAAAGUCGUAGACGUCGAGAACCUGAACGUACAUACACAGGCGACCCUUCUGCGUACUCGAUUGUUCUUUCGUUCGUUGUUGUGCUCACUCUCUUCUGAGGGAUGACGUCUUUCAGCACAUGGCAGUAGACGAAUGUCGGCCGACACACCCUCUUGAUGGCCUCAACAUCCUCCGGGGGGGCCCAAAUGAGCGUCAUUUUCUCAUCUGAGUGGCUCAGACCCGCCAUUCGCACUGCAAAAGAAGAGGAAUGGGCCACUUGCGGGAUCAGCACCUCGGCUGCCGAGAGCCCCACCACCAGGGCCAGCAGCACCA